AAGUGGAGGGUGGGCAUGAUGGCUUUCGUAAGGCUGCUAAGACGAUUCACAAUGAAACAUUUGUCCCCGUGGAAACUUUGGAAGUUUACCUUCAUUAUUUUUAUCUUCUUGAUAUUUUUGUUUCUGCUACAAAGAGAAGUUGGCAUUCAGGAUUUUAAUGAGGAGCCUGGGAGCCCAUCAAAAGAUGGAAAGAUUAAUAAUGUACUGGGUCUAGUAUUAAAAGCUGUGAACAAUAUUAAAGUUGCAAAGCCAAAAAUGCAGAUUAAAGCGCCUAUUAGGCAAACUCAAAAGGCAGGACAGAAGCGCUGUUUACCUGGCUCCUAUACAGCUGCAGAGCUGACACCUCACCUGGAUCGACCCCCUCAGGACUCUAAUGCUCCAGGGGCUUCUGGUAAACCAUUCAAAACGGUCAAUUUAAGUCCAGCUGAGAAGGAGGAAAAAGAACGAGGAGAUGAAAAACAUUGUUUCAACGCUUUCGCAAGCGACAGGAUUUCUUUACACCGGGAUCUUGGACCAGACACACGACCUCCUGAAUGUAUUGAGCAAAAGUUUAAACGCUGUCCUCCGCUACCUACCACAAGUGUUAUCAUAGUUUUCCACAAUGAAGCAUGGUCUACUCUUUUAAGAACAGUUCACAGUGUGAUGUAUACUUCCCCUGCAAUAUUACUGAAGGAAAUAAUUUUGGUGGAUGAUGCCAGUGUAGAUGACUGUCUUGUUGUUUUUUUAGAAUACUUGCAGGAUAAAUUGGAUGAUUAUGUGAAACAAUUCCAGAUAGUUAAAGUUGUACGACAAAAGGAAAGAAAGGGGCUCAUCACUGCUCGAUUAUUAGGUGCUUCAAUAGCAACUGGAGAAACCCUCACUUUUUUGGAUGCACACUGUGAAUGUUUCUAUGGCUGGCUAGAGCCAUUGUUGGCCAGAAUAGCUGAAAACAAUACUCGUGUUGUAAGCCCUGAUAUUUCAUCUAUAGAUCUAAAUACAUUUGAAUUUAUGAAACCUUCCCCUUAUGGUCAAAACCAUAAUAGAGGGAAUUUUGACUGGAGUUUGUCAUUUGGAUGGGAAUCUCUUCCUGAACAUGAAGGCAAGAGAAGGAAAGAUGAAACGUACCCUAUUAAAACACCCACUUUUGCAGGAGGCCUCUUUUCAAUAUCAAAGGACUACUUUUACAAAGUUGGAAGCUAUGAUGAAGAAAUGGAAAUAUGGGGAGGAGAAAAUAUAGAAAUGUCUUUCCGAGUGUGGCAAUGUGGGGGUCAGCUGGAAAUCAUACCUUGCUCAGUUGUGGGCCAUGUAUUUCGCAGCAAGAGCCCCCAUACCUUUCCAAAAGGGACUCAAGUGAUCACCCGUAAUCAAGUUCGUCUUGCAGAAGUCUGGAUGGAUGAAUAUAAGUAUAUAUUUUACCGGAGAAACACAGAAGCAACAAAAAUAGUUAAACAAAAAACGUUUGGUGACCUCUCAAAAAGAUAUGAGUUAAGGCAACAAUUACAAUGUAAAAACUUUACGUGGUACCUUAGCAAUGUUUAUCCUGAGGCAUAUGUACCAGACUUGAAUCCUCCAUUAUAUGGAUUUUUAAAAAAUGUUGGGAGAAGAACAUGCCUAGAUGCUGGAGAAAAUAAUAAUGGUGGCAAGCCAUUGAUUAUGUAUACAUGUCACGGGCUUGGAGGAAACCAGUACUUUGAAUAUUCUGCACAUCAUGAAAUUAGGCACAACAUCCAGAAAGAGCUGUGCCUGCAUGCUUUAUCAGGAGAAGCACAACUUCAUGACUGUGGCUACAAAGGGAAGAACAGCAGAACCCCUCCAGAAGAGAAAUGGGAGAUCCGAGAGGACCAGUCGUUGUACAAUGCAGCCUUAAAGAUGUGCCUGACAGGAAAUAAAGAGCAUCCAAGCUUGGUGACGUGUAACCCCUCAGACGUCUUCCAAAAAUGGAUUUUUAGCCGAAACAAUUAACUACUGGUAAUUAGGAGAUGUUUUAAACGGGAACUGUAUCUCCUUCAAAAUUAUCCAGCUUUAACUUAAAUUAUGCAGAGUCAUCUUAACUGUAAAAAAUAAAAAUAAAAAAGCAUUUUUACUUCAAAAUUAAAAUGCACAAUUUAGCUGGCAAGAAAUCCAAGGAAUACUUAGGUUUCUUGAUUCUUAAAAAAAUGUUUACAAAUAUUGGAAAUUAUAUUUCCAGUAUAUAUAUUUUUGUAAAACCUCUGUCUUUAAGACACAAUUCUCAGUGGUUUGGGGAUAGUUUGUAAAAGUUUUACAUACAUGCAUUCACAAACACAUUCUGGUCAAUAACUGAAGAAACUUGUUGAUAGAGGUUACGGGAGAUGAUUUUUUUUCUAUAUUUUCUGAAAAAUAGAGUGCCUUAUAGGUGUUCUUUAUAAUUUAAACUGUGACAGCUUUCCUUAAAUGACCACCCCUGGUUUACACAUUGAUCUAGUUGGCUCAGUGUUUAUAGCAAGAAAUAUCUAUGAAGUUUAUCAAUUCUUCUGAAACUAUGAAGUUCUAUUACCACUCCAAUGAAUAAUACUUUCUUGGUGUUAGCCCCUUGCAAACUGGUUGGGUCUCUGUAGGCUGCUGUUUUUGGUGUUCUGUUGUUCAUUAUGCUUAUCAGUGAUGAGCUUUGUAUGUUUAGAGAUUUCUGAAACUGAUUACAAAAUUGUUCUCUUUUGGUUGAAAAGGUGUUUAUUGUUUCUCCUGAUAUAUCGCAUUACUUGCUUCUUAGACAAUUCUGGCGUGUCUCAUUUUUUUCCUAUUAUGUGUGGGUUCCACGUUUCCAUAUCUCUAAUUCCUAUUUUCCUCUUUCAUGUGUUCAUAAUUUAAAACAUGACCCUUUUAAUUCAAAGCUAUUGCAAAACAUUUUAAGUAACUGGUGUCUUUCAUCAGAAAUUUGUAAUUUUUUAACUGAACCUGCUGGGUUUAGAGUUAGGAUUAUUUGCUUUCUACAUGCAAGGAAUUUUAACAAAAUAUCUUACUGGUUGCACAUUCUGUGAUUAAACACCUUAAUUAAGAGUCAGUAUUCAGCACUUUUUGCUGCUUAGUGUGAUGGGUCAACAAUGCUGAGAAAAAUAGAGGGGUUUUCAAGUACAAUGCUACAUCAGCUCAUGGAUUUUCACUCGUGCAACUAGAUUCUUCCUCCACAAAUCUGCUCCAGAGGGUUGGGGAGAGCCCCUGGAACAGAUUUAGAGGGCAUGCUGGGGAGGAGAACGUUACACUGUGCUAGAAUCAGAUAACUGGCAUUACAUUCGAUCCACCCUUAGCAAUUAAACCAAGAAGUUGCAAAUAAAAGCUCACUCUUUGUGAAUAAUUCCUCUAGUGUUUAAAAGAGAGGGGACGGAUGCCACCAUGGAGGAGCUUUUCCCCCUGAGCAUUGCAGACAUAUAUUUGCUAUUCAUCCAUAGAUUCCUGUGCUGUGUUUCAUGUGCACACACAGACCUUACAAAGUUGGCCCCAGCUCUUCUCCAUGGAGGAGUUAGAGGGUUGCCACCAGAAAUGAAAAUUGCUCAUCACCACCCCAGGCAUAUGUGGAAGCACUUUCUGUGCUCUUGAGGGCCUUUCCGGAUCCAGCCAAAGCUGGUCUUCAGAUCUUUUGGGUUACAACUCCUGUCAGCCCCAGCCAGCAUGGCCAAUGUUCAGGGGUGAUGGGGGGCUGUAGUUCAAAACAUUUGGAGGACAUUAGAUUGGGGGCGGUUGUUACAGCACUUGCCAUCUCAAGAAGCUGAUAAAGCAGUUUUCUUUAUUUUGGUAUCUCUGGUUUUAAACAAAGACGUGGAUGUUGCAACUACUUGAGGCCUUGCAUAUACACUAUUGAAAGCUUAUUGUUGAGAUGCUGCUUGCAUAAGCAGAAUUUUGCAAUGUGGCAGAUGGUUGAAGCAAAACUAUUGUUCUUCCUUAAAAGUAUGUUUUCUGUUUAUACAGUGGUUUUCCUCUACUUUGUUGAUUUGGUGUUUAUGUCACAAAGUUAACUACUACUUUUUCUUCCUCCGUGCUUGCAUUGCCCCAAACGUUCAACCAAAACUAUAAACUGAGGUUAUAAUUAUGACUUCAUAGCACUUCGUUAUAUUUUUAUCUUUUCCGCAGCAUGCAGUUCUGCUGUGUCUCCACCCCACCACUGCAAUGGUCUUCCAUCUGAUUUAAACGUGAUACAUUUAACUACAGUUGUUCUAGGCUGAGUUCUUAAUUCUUCCUUGUACUCCUAAGCAUUUAUUUGAGGUAUACAUGAUAUGCUGUACAGAACGCCUCUUUAAUUUUGUUUCAUAAAUGUAAUAAAAUAAAAAUAUUUUGAUGCAAAAGCUACCCUUUGGAA